AUGCAGGGCGCGGAGCUGGACGCUCGGAUCCGCUGCAGUGUCACUAUCGAGCGCCUGAGCCCCAGCGGCCCGGCCCCGAAGCGCCGGGUGAUCCGCGACGCCUCCCUCGCCCUGGGCCGGAACGAGUUCCGAGAGCUGGUGCUGCAAGUGAGCGACGGCAGCGUGCCGCAGAGCUUCGCGCUGCGCGGGGAGGUGCGGCUCUUCACGCGCUUCGUGCGCGACGGGAAAAGCGGCCUGCAGCUGGGCCCCGCGCACGUGCAGCUGCUGAUCGCUAACUGUCCCCCCGACAGCCUCAGGCGCUUCCUCCGGCUGCUGCGCAUCAAGCACGAGGCGGCGGGGAAGGGGGCGAAGACCGUCACGGAGCGGGCGCGGCUGCUGUGCAGCCUUCCGCGGACCUUCGACACCAUCAGCCCAGUUCAGGCCCGGGACGUGCAGCAGGUCUGCGAUCAGCGGGCCCACGCGAGCUGCGAGGCGACGCCUGUGAAAGGGCAGGCCCCGAGGGACCGAGGGAACAGCGGUCUGUGGAGCAACUCUCGGAAAAGAGCCAGGACAGAAUCGGCUGGAGUAAGCGCUGUAAGAGAUCCCCAGGCGGCUGACAUGAAAUGCUCAAAGAAGCUAUCUCUGCUAAUGCAGUCACGAAUGAGACUUUCGCAGGAACAGUCCAUUGUGCUGAGUGCAGUGCUGAGUGGGAAGAACGUCUUCUUUACAGGCAGUGCUGGGACUGGGAAGUCAUAUCUGCUGAAAAAGAUUGUGGGUUCACUCCCCCCAAAGAGCACCUAUGCUACAGCCAGUACAGGAGUGGCAGCUUGUCAUGUUGGUGGCACCACGCUCCAUGCCUUUGCAGGUAUUGGUUCUGGGAAAGCUCCGCUAGAUCAGUGUAUUGAGUUGGCUCAAAGAACUGGAGUGCGUCAGCAUUGGUUGAGCUGCCAGCACUUAAUUAUUGAUGAGAUUUCAAUGGUGGAGGGCAAGCUUUUUGAUAAGCUGGAGGCAGUAGCCAGAGCUGUCAGGAAACGGGAUGACCCGUUUGGAGGAAUACAGCUGAUCAUCUGUGGGGACUUCUUACAACUGCCACCAGUCAGCAAAAGCAAUGAGGAAACCAAGUUCUGCUUCCAGGCAAAGAGCUGGAGGAAAUGCAUCCACGUGAACAUGGAGCUGACAGAAGUGCGGAGACAGACUGAAAAGAGCUUCAUCUCACUCCUGCGUACAAUCCGCCUGGGCAGGUGCACAGAUGAAGUCACCAGGCAACUGAUGCAAACCGCUACCAACAGGGUUGAGAGAGAUGGGAUCCUUGCAACUCGUCUCUGCACCCACAAGGAUGAUGUGGAACUAACAAAUGAGAGACGGUUGCAACAGUUACCAGGAGAAAUGCACUCCUAUGAGGCUGUGGAUAGCGAUCCCAUGCUAGUCAAAGCAAUUGAUGCUCAGUGUCCAGUAAGUCACUGUAUUCAGUUGAAACCAGGAGCCCAGGUGAUUCUUACUAAGAACCUGGAUGUGUCCCGGGGUCUGGUGAAUGGGGCAAGAGGGGUUGUGGUUGAAUUUGAAACUGAAGGGAAGGGACUGCCCCGUGUGAGGUUUCUUUGUGGGGUCACAGAGGUAAUCAGGCUGGAGCGAUGGGUCUUCAAAGGUCCAUCUGGAAUUUAUCUGAGUCGUCAACAGUUACCUCUAAAAUUGGCAUGGGCCAUAUCCAUCCACAAGAGCCAGGGCAUGUCAUUAGACUGUGUGGAGAUCUCCCUGUCUCGUGUCUUUGAAAGUGGUCAGGCUUAUGUAGCCCUUUCCCGAGCCCGUAGCCUUCAGGGCCUCCGGGUUUUGGAUUUUGAUCCCAACGUUGUGAGAGCCAAUCCGUACGUGCUACAGUUCUACAAUCACUUACAGAAAGAACAACUUCUAUCUCAGGCUUCUCUACACAGAUACAUUGAAGCAGAGGAGAAGGAGAAUGGGAAAUCUAGCUGA